AUGUUGUCCGACAAAGAGUUGUUUGAACUUAACAAAAAGGCAGUUACGAAGGGAUUCAAGAUCCACCCUCGUUUGGAGUAUAACACUGUUGGUGGUGUUAACGGUCCAUUGGUGAUCUUGGAGCAUGUGAAGUUCCCCAAAUACAACGAAAUUGUGAACUUGACUCUUCCUGAUGGUACAUCGAGGCAGGGACAGGUUUUAGAGGUGAAGGGAGAUAAGGCUGUGGUGCAGGUGUUUGAAGGUACCUCUGGUAUUGAUGUUAAGAAGACCAAGGUUGAGUUGACCGGUGAGAGUUUGAAACUCCCUGUGUCGGAGGAGAUGUUGGGAAGAGUGUUUGACGGUUCCGGACGUCCAAUUGAUAAUGGACCGAGAGUUUUUGCCGAGGAUUAUCUUGACAUCAACGGUUCUCCUAUCAAUCCGUACGCACGUAUCUACCCUGAAGAGAUGAUCUCCACAGGAAUAUCUGCUAUCGAUACAAUGAAUUCCAUUGCAAGAGGUCAAAAGAUUCCUAUUUUUUCUGGCUCUGGUUUACCACAUAAUGAGAUUGCCGCCCAGAUCUGUAGACAGGCCGGUUUGGUGAGACCUACCAAGGAUGUACAGGAUGGCCACGAGGAGAACUUUUCUAUCGUGUUCGCUGCCAUGGGUGUUAAUUUGGAGACUUCUAGAUUUUUCAAGCAGGACUUUGAAGAGAAUGGUUCGUUGGAGAGAACUUCGUUGUUCUUGAAUUUAGCCAAUGACCCAACCAUUGAGAGAAUUAUCACUCCUCGUUUGGCUUUGACCACAGCCGAGUAUUUGGCUUAUCAGACGGAAAGGCAUGUUUUGACCAUUUUGACCGAUAUGUCCUCGUAUGCCGAUGCCUUGAGAGAGGUUUCUGCGGCCAGAGAGGAGGUUCCAGGUAGAAGAGGUUAUCCUGGUUAUAUGUACACAGAUUUGUCGACCAUUUAUGAGAGGGCUGGUAGAGUGCAAGGGAGAAAUGGUUCAAUCACCCAGAUUCCUAUCUUGACCAUGCCUAACGAUGAUAUAACUCACCCUAUUCCUGACUUGACUGGUUACAUUACUGAAGGGCAGAUCUUCGUUGAUAGACAGUUGCACAACAGAGGUAUCUAUCCUCCAAUUAAUGUGUUACCUUCAUUGUCCAGAUUAAUGAAGUCUGCAAUUGGUGAGGGUAUGACUAGAAAGGAUCAUGGAGAUGUCUCUAACCAGCUUUAUGCUAAAUAUGCCAUAGGUAAGGAUGCAGCUGCUAUGAAGGCUGUCGUUGGUGAGGAUGCUUUGUCUACGGAAGACAAGCUUUCGUUAGAGUUUUUGGACAAAUUUGAAAAGACCUUCAUUUCUCAAGGUGCAUACGAAAACAGAACGGUGUUUGAGUCUUUGGACCUUGCCUGGUCCUUGUUGAGAAUUUAUCCAAAGGAGAUGUUAAAUAGAAUUUCUCCCAAGAUCUUGGACGAAUUCUAUGACAGAGAGAGAACCGAUGGUUCAACUGUUGCCGCUACAAAUACUGCAAAAGAUGAUGAUGCAGAAGACGCCAAGGCUUGA